AGGCGGCUCAGCUCCGCUCACUGUUCAGCUCCGCUCUGCCUCCGGCUCUGCGCUCACUUGCUGCCCAAGCUUUCUGCUUCUGCCCCAGGACCCCUGGGUGGGCUCUAGACCCCUGGGCGGUCCCCAGCCCCAGCUCCAGCUCCAGCCCAGACUAUCCCUGGCCCCUAGCCCCGAUACGCCACCAGGGGGCGCCCUGUGAAAGUCCUAUCCCAGCCACCCGGCGCCCCCUCCCACGGCCAGGCGGGGAGGGGGGCGCCGGGGGCCAUGCGGGGCCAGGGCCGAAAGGAGAGUUUGUCCGAUUCCCGAGAUCUAGACGGGUCCUACGACCAGCUCACGGGCCACCCUCCUGGGCCCACUAAAAAAGCGCUGAAGCAGCGGUUCCUCAAGCUGCUGCCGUGCUGCGGGCCCCAAGCUCUGCCCUCAGUCAGUGAAAUUCGCCGGGUCUUCCGCUUUCUCGGUGACAGUUCGCUCCCUUCAGAAUUAGCCGCCCCAGCCUCCCUUCGCCCCCACAGACCCCGCCCGCUGGACCCAGACAGCGUGGAGGACGAGUUUGAACUGUCCACUGUGUGUCACCGGCCCGAGGGUCUGGAGCAGUUACAGGAGCAAACCAAGUUCACUCGCAAGGAGUUGCAGGUCCUGUACCGAGGCUUCAAGAACGAAUGUCCCAGCGGAAUUGUCAGUGAGGAGAACUUCAAGCAGAUUUACUCCCAGUUCUUUCCUCAAGGAGAUUCCAGCACGUAUGCCACUUUUCUCUUCAAUGCAUUUGAUACCAACCAUGAUGGCUCUGUCAGUUUUGAGGAUUUUGUGGCUGGUUUGUCGGUUAUUCUUCGGGGAACAAUAGAUGACAGGCUGAAUUGGGCUUUCAAUCUGUAUGACCUCAACAAGGACGGCUGUAUCACCAAGGAGGAAAUGCUUGACAUCAUGAAGUCCAUCUAUGACAUGAUGGGUAAAUACACUUACCCUGCACUCCGAGAGGAGGCCCCAAGGGAACACGUGGAAAACUUCUUCCAGAAGAUGGACAGAAACAAGGAUGGUGUGGUCACCAUUGAGGAAUUCAUUGAAUCUUGUCAAAAGGAUGAGAACAUCAUGAGAUCCAUGCAGCUCUUUGACAAUGUCAUCUAGCUCCCCAGGAAGGGGGUCAGUGUGUCUUGGGGGAAAACAUGUCCUAGCCCUAGUUCAGGGAGACCUUAUCUUUCUCUUUCCAGGUCUGUCCUCAUCCUGACUCUACUUUGGGGACACUAGGGAUCCAAAAGCCUAGAGAUUCAGUAGUCCAGAUCCCUGGAGCCGAAGGGGCUAGAGAGUGGGCAGAGUGCAUUUAGGGGUUGUUCCCAACUCCCAAGAGCUCUCACCCCCUUCCUGUCUCAUACCCAAUGCUGAGGGUUCCCUUACUGUAGGAAUUGAAUGGUUCCCCACCUCCCACUCCCACUCUAGAAACCACAACACUGGACAAAAUGUCUCCUGCUAUGGUGCUUCCCAUUCUUGAUCUUAUAAACAAAAACUCCCUUCUCAAAGAUGAUGUUCUGUCCUUGGCAUUGGCUGGCUUUUCAGACCAGCCUUUGAGAGUCCUGUGGUAGGGAAACAAGAAUAUGGAAGGAGAAAUCUUGGGCUCAAGUCAAUGAUUAUUGGGUCCUAGAAAGUGGCUGGGAUAGAGAACAGGCCCAGGCAGAUUAUGAAAGCUCAGGCAUGCCAGGCUAUAGCUCCAAGUUCCACAAGUCUCCUAUCCCCGGCCAUCAAAAUAUGUUUCCUUGGAAAUGCCCUAGAAAUUUUUCAUGACCACAUCAAUUUCCUAGGAGAGCCUGAGAUCCAGAUAUCUGGCUCAUCCCUGGAGUAGUUUCUUCCUCUCCCUCCUUCCUGCAUGUGUUGGUGGCAGAGUGAUCAUGAAUAUGGGUAGAAGAUGACCGGCUAAUACCUGCUAACGUUUCAAACUACCCUCCUUGCUCAUCACCUGUUUUGAUGGCUAUGACUUGAGCUUUCAUUUUGCUAUGUUCUCUAGACUUAGAAACAUGAAAUGAUUUAGACAUCUUCCUGAACUUGAGUCCUAUCAAUGUCCUUAGCAGAUGCCUUAGAACAGCAGUUCUCAACCUGUGGGUCGUGACCCACAGGAACUGUAUUACAGGGUUAUGGCAUUAGGAAGGUUGAGAACCACUGCCUUAAAAGGAAAAAGAAGGAGGGAGAAAGGCAUAGUAUUUGAACCCAGUAUGGGACAUUCAGUAGAAUCUUACAUCAACCCAGAGUUUACCCCUGCCUCUCACAUACCUUUCUCAAUUCCCUAGGGUCUCCUUUUGCUCUACUCAGUCUACCCAGAGAUGCCCCUGAGCACACCUAGAGGGUUGGGACCAUAGAAGUCAGGUUCCAACUAAUUGUCAGCACCCCUGCCAUGCUGCCACCCCUUAACACAGCUGCUUGUCCCACUCAGCUUACCUUCCUAGUCAGCCAGGAUCUGAGAGGAAGGGCCCCCAGGAAUCCCCUUUUCCCAUGAGAAUAGUGUUGACUGCUUUGGAUUUGGGGGUCUUCUGUAUAUUUUGUAAAACAAGAAAUACGCCAGAUCCAAUAAAACACAAUGGCUAUGCAUAGGCUGCUGUCUCUGGCU